AUGUUUCAACGAUUAUUUUGCCUGUUACUUGUUCUAUUUGUUUCGCCAUCGAUUUCAACGCGAAUUCCAUUAGUUGGCGAUGAUUGGACAAUAACUAAUAAGAUAAAUCAUACAGCACUAGGUCAUAUACCUGGUUCCAUUCAUACAAUACUUAUUGCUGCAAAGCAAAUUCCUGAUCCAUACAUGGGAUCUAAUGAUGUUGAUUUACGUUAUUUAGUAAACACCGGUGAUUGGACGUUUACAAAAAAUUUUACAUUAACAACCGAUAUUCUUGCUUCGAAUCAAAUAACAAUACAUUUCGAUCAAAUUGAUACAGUUUCUAAUAUAACAAUAAAUGGAUGCCCUAUUGGUAGCACUCAUAACAUGUUUAUAGCUUAUACAUUUAAUGUUACUAGUGGAUGUUUAAAAACUGAAAAUCAAAUUGAUAUUGACUUUGAAUCUCCUGUUCUUUAUGCAAAAAGACAAUCCAUUGCAUACAAUGAUACAGUACCGCCCAAUUGUACGCCCGACGUUCAACACGGUGAAUGUCUUGUGCAAUUUAUUCGAAAAGAACCAUGUUCAUUUAGUUGGGAUUGGGGCCCAGCUUUUGCUCCAAUUGGUAUUCCAGGUGAUGUCUAUCUCGAAGCCUUUAAUACAACUGAGAUUAUUGUUCAACUUGAAAGUGUGAAUCUUGCUUCAUUCAAUGCAGCAAAUCAAACUUGGCAAGUUGAUGUUAUGUUGAGUAGUAAUAAUGAUCAAUUCACAAGUGAUUUAAAAUUUAUAUUAGAAAAUACAACAUGGUCUUAUGAGACUUCGAUUGCAUUUAAUCAUAAUCUAUCGAUUUCAUUGACUAUAUCCGAUAGUCUUGUUCAACGUUGGUGGCCAAAUGGAUAUGGUUCUCAACCAUUAUAUAAUUUAGUUGUUUCGAAUCAAGGAAAAAUCAUUGAUUCACGUUCAAUCGGUUUUCGUACUGUACAACUUAUUCAACAUGAAUAUGGCACCGGAAUUAAUGGAUCAUCAUUCUAUUUUUCGAUUAAUUCUCAACCUAUAUUUGUCAAAGGCAGUAAUUGGAUUCCAUCAGAUGCAUUUCAAGAACGUGUAAGUAACGAUAAACUCGAACGUUUACUUCGUUCGGCACAAUUAGCCAACAUGAAUAUGUUACGUAUUUGGGGUGGUGGCAUUUAUGAACGUAAUUCAUUUUAUGAAAUAACCGAUCGCUUAGGUAUUAUGCUUUGGCAUGAUUUUAUGUUUGCAUGUAGUCUUUAUCCUGUUGAUGAACCAUUUUUAAACAAUGUUCACGAUGAAAUUAUCUAUCAAGUUAAACGACUUCAAUCGCAUCCAUCGAUUGUACUUUGGUCGGGUAAUAACGAAAAUGAAGCUGCUGUUGCUGAGAAUUGGUACCAGGUACCGAUAGAAAAAAUGAAUAAAACAAAAGAAGAUUAUGUAGAAUUAUAUGUUAAUACAAUUAUGAAUGCUGUCAAAACAGUUGAUAAGGGAACUAAUCGUCCGUUUGUUACUUCAUCGCCAUCCAAUGGACUUGAAUCAAUAGCUGAACAUUAUAUUGCUGCAGAUCCUCAAGAUCCACUUUAUGGUGAUGUUCAUUUUUAUGGAUAUCAGAACGAUUCAUGGGAUUCAACAACCUAUCCCAUAACUCGUUUUCUAUCUGAAACUGGAAUUCAAUCAUUACCAAGUUUGGAUACAUGGUAUGAAACAACAUCGAAUUCAUCGGAUUUAGUUUUUAAUAAUUCAUUUAUUCUACAUCGUGAACAUUCAGGAAAUCAAUUGACUGCAAUGAUGUAUCAUAUUGAAUCUAAUUUACCAUUGCCAGUAACCAAUGAUUCAUUGCUAUAUUUUACGCAAAUGAUUUAUCUCAGCCAAAUCAAUCAAGCUAUGACAUUGAAAAGUAUCAGUGAUCAUUGUCGAGUUCAUUCAUCAGUAGAUAUGAUUGAUCCAAAGACUAGUAAAGGUCAUACAAUGGGUUUAAUGUAUUGGCAAAUCAACGAUAUUUGGCAAGCGCCAACAUGGGCAACGAUUGAAUAUGGAUUGAAAUGGAAAAUGGGCCAUAAUUAUGUUCGUCAUAUGUAUGCUCCUGUUUAUCCUAUCGCUAUUCUUACGCCUUAUUUAGCUAAUGUAACAGAUGAAAAUGCUAAAAUUUCAUUUUAUAUUAUCAAUGAACUCGUGAAUGGCAUGCGUGGUGACUUGAUAUGUUCAAUUUAUUCAUUAGAUUCAUUGACACCUCGGUUAACAUUUGGGGGCGAUGUUUCGUUUGCUACAACCGGGAUACAGAAUGCAUUUACUUAUCCUUAUGCAUUACUAAUGAAGCGUGUUCGUUGUAAUGAUAGUUCAGAAUGUAUCGUUCAUUGUUCAUUUAAUUAUCAACAAAAUCAAAUAGGACAAACAUUAUUUUUAAGUCGGCCAAAAAACUAUAAACUAUCCGAUCCUAAUCUUCAAAUUGAAAGUAUUAAACAACUAUCAUCAACAGAUUUUGCUAUCACAUUAACUGUUGAACGGCCAGCUCUGUUUGUUUGGCUUGAUGUACCAGCCAAUGUGACCGGCUAUUUUCUACCUAAUGGAUUUAAUAUGCUUGAACCCAAAAUGACGGUUACCUUUCAUUCAUGGGAACCUGUUACACAUUUCGAUACAGCUACUCUUGAUGUACAACAUACUUCAUUAGUAGGAGUUAACUAUUUUUUUCUAUUAUUAUUAUUAGAUAAAAUUAUGUCUGCGGAACAAUUAAAUCUUGCGGAGUCAAUAAAAAAAGUACAUCAACAAUUACGAAAUGAUGUAAAUCAAACACCCGAAGCUGCUGAAUCGAUUUGGAAUCAGCAUGUAGCUAAUACAGAUAAAUUGAAUGAAUAUGCUAAAUCAAUGCGUCAACUUGCUCAACAUCAUUGGGCAGAAAAAGCGCAUGGUCAAACACGUUUGACAUGGUGUUACACGACAAUAAAAGAUUAUUUUUUUGGAAAUGAAAUAAGUGGUCUCGAAAGAAAAUGUGCUCGAGAUAAACGAAAACAGAUCGUAAAUUAUAUUUGUGCUGAUUGUCAAAUAAGAAUUCAGCAAAGAAUAACUAAGCCACGUGUAUUAGAUGUUGGGAGUUGUUACAAUGCAUUUUCUAUUUAUGAUGAUCUUGAAACGAUAGCCAUUGAUAUUGCGCCUGCGGAUGAAUCGGUGCAUCGGAUUGAUUUUCUACGUGUUCCACAACCACCUUUGAUAUGUGCACAUUCAUUCGAUGCUAUUAUUUUUUCACUUGUUCUCGAUUAUUUACCAACAUGUCAUCAACGUCUUUCUGCUUGUCUCAUCGCUCAUGAACUUUUGACAUGUCUUGGUUUAUUAGUUAUUGUAGAACCUGAUUCAACACUACGUGAGAAUCGACAAAAACUAUGGCGACAAGCUUUGGAGUCGAUUGGCUUCGGAUUAGUAUCAAAUAUUAAAGUAACGAAUUUGUAUUGUAUGGCUUUUCGAAAGAUUACUCAACAAGUAAAACUCAAUGAAGAUGAACAUGAAAGAAUAUCACAACUAUUUAACAUUCGUCAAGAUACUAUGAAUGAUAAUGAAUCAUCGAAAAGUGAACAAAAAUUGAUUUCAGUAGAUGAAGAUUUAUUUGGGGAACUACCGUUUUCAUCAGAUUAG